UUUGUCGAAAGCAAAAUGGCGAGCGUGAGUGACAGAAAUUGUGUUGGAAUUUUGGUCAGUAGUUAAAACUAACUUUGCAGGCAUAAGAAGUGCAAGCCGAGAUAACGAGGAAUGUGAAGAAACCGCAUCUGCUGACGAAAGAAUAGGAAAGACUUUUUCCAGGGUGCCACUAUGGCACCAAUCCUAACCCCUCAGGCCCAGGCUCAAGCCCAGAUGAGUCUCACUCCGGUGCUGGGACAGAGGGCAGCGUCGCCCAGUGGAACCAACAGCAUCUCGUUGGGGCUUCUCUUGGAGUUCCUGAUCCAGAAAACCUAUCAUGAACUGAUGGUGCUCUCCGAGUUGCUCCCCAGAAAGACGGACAUGGAAAGGAAAAUUGAGAUUGUCAAAUUUGCUCGGAGCACCAGACAGUCGUUCGUCAGACUCCUGGCCCUAGUCAAAUGGGCCAGCAGUGCUGCCAAAGUGGACAAAUGCGCGGCGAUAUCUGCUUUUCUGGACCAGCAGUCACUGUUAUUUGUUGACACGGCCGACAUGUUGUCCCAUAUGGCGAGGGAGAACCUUGUUCAUGCUCGUUUGCCUAACUUCUCUCUGCCCGUUGCUGUGGAUGUACUGACGACGGGACAGUACAGGAGAAUGCCCACGUGCAUCAAGGAGAAGAUUGUUCCCCCGGAUCCCAUCUCUCAGAGUGAGAAGGCCAACGUGCUGCAGAGACUCAACCAGAUCAUACAGCAUCGGCUGGUCACCAGUAAACUACCUUCCCAGCUCGCAGAUUUGUCCAUUGUUGAUGGAAGAGUCAAGUUCAGUGUUCCGCAAGAAUUUGAGGCCACAUUGACGUUGAUGGGUGAUGAUCCCGGCAUUCCAUGGAGGCUCCUCAACAUUGAAAUCCUUGUCACUGAUCCGGACACUGGAGAUGGCAAGGCCUUGGUGCAUCCCAUGCAAAUCAACUACAUUCACCAGCUGCUCCAGUCCCGACUGUUCGGCGAUGAGAACAUGCUGCAAGAUAUGUACAGCUGCUUACACAGCUUUUGUCAGUCUCUGCAGUUGGAGGUACUUCAUUCCCAGGCACAACGACUCAUCCGAGAGAGAUGGGGUGAACAUGUGAUGAUAGAGAAAUACAUGGCCGGCCAGUGUCUGACGCUGGCUUACUGGAGGUCACAGACUUUCAAUGUGGACAAACCAGAAGAGUACAGCUUAUCAAUCGGCAUUGAUACCAAUGACACAGCCAAGCCCCUCCAGAUUAACCACAACCCCCCACUGUCAGUGGAAGAUGCCAACGAGGUCAACAGGGCCAUUCGGUGCGACAGGCUGUCGAUUGAGCGGCUGCUGGUGGAGACUAUCAUCAUGAGGUCAAAGGUCAAGCUUCAAGAGCUUCAGACAAUCUUGGAGAAAGAGCUAACCAACACAAAAACACGCAUUGAGGGCACCCCGCCCCUGCUCUGUGUUCCCAUCGUAGAGCCGUGCAGUCAGUCUGAAUACCUGACGAUAUCAGUCGAUAUGCAGACCGGUGCCUAUCAGCCUUACAUUGCACAUGCCGACGCAACGUUAUUGGAGGAGAUGGAACAUUGUUUGAACUGUGAACUCAUCAAGCUGUACCAGUACAUCACCAAACUAAGCUACAUGUUGAGCAUGCACCACUGUAAACAGUCUAUUCAACAACUCCCCUGCAAAUGUACCGACAAGCUCCCUCUAGUGGCCAUAUCGGCCGAGCACCCGCUGGCUAAGCUGUCGCAGAACAGACUCUACGUACAUCUAGUCAAGCACAAGAACUACUACGUGGUGGUAGAGUUCAACAGCAUCAAGAACCAGACUAAUCUCCAGACCAGCUAUUACCUGUUCCACACCCGGCAGGCCGCGUUCUUCGAUCAGUCAGCCGGGGAGGGCGUGCCGGCGCCCUCUCAGUCAGACUGGGACUCCGGAGAACCUUUCCUUGCGCCGCUUAGUCUGGUCCCUCUGGAUUCAAAGAGCUGCAGCCAUUACCCCGACACACUGGAGGAAGCUGAGGAGUCGAACCGAAACAAAAAACGCAAGCUGGGAACAUCCCUGACCAGUUUCAAGAAGCAACGCCUGGGCACUCACUGCGAGUACUUCCAGAGGGAGUUGGUGCACAUCAUUGCACUGUGCGACCGGAGGAUACCUUUCAUCUCACUGUGUGAGGAGCUUAUGGAGCAGGGUAUUCCAUUCCAGGGUAUCCAAGUAGAAGCGGAAGGCAUCGGAAUGGUGGUCAAGUUAUGCAGCUUGCCAGCUAUCGAGGGCAUCUCAGAGGAGACCAACAUGUCGCUGGCCAACGCCCUCCUUGAAUGUUCCUUCAGGUUGCAACUAAGGGGCAAUUUAUUAGCCUGGCAAGUUCAGCUAACCUUUGGCAAUUGUCCGGUGAGGAGCACGUCACCAAGGGAGCAAGGUUCGACGAGAUGUUUGUACCUCACGUACAGCUCGACCAGCCCUGUCAUCAACCACCUACUUCAGGACUGGAAGGCCAUUGGCAUGCUGUAUGGACCUGUCCAAGAUCUAGCAUCCGUGGUUAACGAUCCAGACCUGCCCCUCAGCGCGUUUGUAGAAGUCCGUAGUUUCACCUUUCAGAAGCUGGUCCUGACGUAUGGCAGGGACAAGACAAGCACUGUGACUAUUUUCUGGGAUUCCCGGGAGUCCAGAUUCCAUCUGAGGCUGGCUGUGGUGGGGACGGCAUGCUCCUCAAACAGUCACUUGCUGGUCCACCAUCAGCUGGAACAUGAGUUCAACACUCACUGCAAUCUCACAAGACUCAUGCAGAAUAUGUGCGACAGUCAGCAGCCGUUACAGGCCAUCAGCAAGCUACCCAUGGCACCGGCUCUCGGAGGCUUGUCAUCUCAUGCGCAGGUCCCGUCCCACACGUUUCUGGUCAUCCCGCAGUCCAGCAUUCACAUACGGGUCUUCUUCCGUAAGAACUUCUGCCUGGACAUCCUGUGCAAAGGCAAAAACACCGUCACCAUUCGAGAUGGAGUUUACCUCCCAUCUAAGGACAGCAAAGGCGUUGAAGGAUUGAUUCCUGCAUGGAACUUGAAGGCUUUUCUGGAGAUGUUUGUCGACGAGUCGGUGACCAACAUGCGCCGGCGCUCCGUCAAUGAAGAUGAUAACCCACCCUCGCCAAUCAGCAUGGAUACCGGUGACUCCUUCCUGAUGACCCAGCAUCACUCGGUGCCCUCCCCCAUGGCGAGACUGGGCGGGGCUACGUCCAGUGGCUUUGUCCAUCCCAUGACCCCGCCCACUGCAAUCAGCACCAGUAAUCCGGCCACGCCCGCUUCGCCACAUACAUCUAUGCUGUCACAGCAAUACAGCAUGUCGCCCGGUGCUAGCGGAUAUCCCUUGGCCUCCCCUCCAUCUAUUCCCUCAAACAUCGUCCCAUCACCAUCAUCAACCAUGCUCAAUACUGCGUCUCCAGCCCUUGCCGUUGGCUCUCCGAGCAAUGUCCAUCACCACGUACCAUCGCCUGGAUCCUUUGUGCCGACGCCAUCCCCAAACAUCCAGAUGCAUUCCCCAGCUCCAGGACCGUUCAUCAGCCCUCAAAGUUUGUCGGAGAAUGCCAACUCACCUUAUCCAAGCAUGGGGCUGGCCAUGCCGUCCCCAGGCCAACGGAACUGGCCUGCGUCACCAUCAGUUCCCGGACCCUCACCCAUCAAUCGUUACGGUGUCGCUCACUCGCCAGGCAUGGCAGCUAGUCACUCACCUGGAAGUAGCGGUCUAGGACAGACAACAGGUUCAGCUCCUACACAAGCUCCGAUGCCAAUGCGGCCGGCCCGACACCUGCCGUCCCGUUCCCCCGUGGCUUCCAUCCCCACCGCCCUGUCCUGUGAAGCAAUCACCAAGCUCUUCACUCCGGCUCCCACGCCCGGGGUGCCCGGUGGUCCCUCCGCCAGCCUCUGCUGUCCCAUGGAACGCUUCCUGGGAUCCAUUUACUGCAAGAGAUACCUGCACAGGGUACUGCAAAUUGUAGACGGGAUUCAAGAGGUUCCAUCGAAUGAGCCGGGCACGCUACACUUCCGGGCAGAGUCGUUGCAAUAUUGGGUGUCGCUCAACCCCAGCACCAUGCAGACUCUACAUCUGGUGGUUAAACCGAAUCAAGAUAUGACUGAUCGUUGGAACCUGGACGAAAUACAAGUAUUUGAGCGAUAUUUUGAAAGCAAGGUUGUUUGCCCGCCCUACAAGCUGCACGCCAUUCUCGCGUUUCUGCGCGCUCUGAGCGCCCCUACGCGCAUCCUGAAGGACCUGGUGCAGUUGAUGCGGCUGGAGUUGUUGCCGGACCGGACUCUCAAGUGGACCAUUCAGUGGUGCCUGACUGUUCCGCCGCCCGACGUGUUUGGAUUCGCCGCGCCGGGCACAGCGGCCCUGGCCAUCAAAAGCAAGAUGCUGUUUUUCAUUCAACUGACACGCAUCGGGAUAAACCCGCCCGUGGGCCAAGACCUGCAGUCCAUCGUCAUACCGAUCGUCCACGACAUGCAGGCCAACACGACGUCCUACAUCGACCGGGCCAAGCCGCCCAACGUCCCGGCCAGCAUAGCCACUGUCCGAAACAUGCUGGAGAGGUCCAACAGCCUGUACCAGAAUAAAGUGGAGUGCACCAUUUUUCCUGUCGUGCGGGACCUAAUGGCCAACCUGGUCAUUCCUCUGUGAUCAGGGAUCUCUCACUGAGCCACGUGACCUGGCCUCUGGCCAAAUACGGGAAAGUCAGCAUCGCCAUUGAAGUAGACAAAGAUUAUAUAGCGCCGUGAAC